AUGCGUAAUACUUUCCUGAAGACCAUUAGACAGGACUGGAAGGGAAGCAAGAUCCUGUUUGGCCGAACCAGAGUCAUGCAAAAGGCUCUUGGUAGAACUCCCGAGGAGGAACACAGAGAGAACCUUGCCCAAUUAACUAAGCAUAUGAGUGGAGACGUUGGUUUGUUAAUGACUGACGAGGAACCUCAAGUUGUACGAGACUAUUUCGAGUCGUUUGUCAAGUCUGAUUUCGCUCGUGCUGGUAUUGUUGCUCCCCUAACAUUCACAAUUCCCGCUGGUAUCGUGUACUCCAGAGGUGGUCAGAUUCCUGCUGAGGAUGAUGUUCCUCUGGCACACUCUUUAGAGUCUACUAUCAGAUCCUUGGGUGUUCCAACUCAACUCAAGGCUGGUAAGGUUGUACUUUCUGGCGACCAUACUGUUUGUACAGAGGGCCAGGUUCUUGAUGGUAAGCAAACUAGACUGCUCAAGCAGUUCGGUAUUGCCUGCUCCGAGUUCAAAAUCGUCCUGGUUGCCUACUACGACCGCGAGGCCAGCGAGGUGCAAACUGAAUAG